AUGGCUCCUUAUGAAUUAUUGUACGGGAGAAAAUGUAGAACUCCCGUAUGCUGGGGUGAAGUGGGGCAGAGGGAGCUCGCACCAAGUGAAUUAAUAGCAUUAAUAAAUGAAAAGAUUGAAUUGAUUAGAGCUCGACUGAAAGCAGCCCAGGAUCGGCAGAAAGCUUAUGCAGACAAGAGAAGACGUCCCAUCGAAUUUCAAGUCGGAGACUACGUUCUACUAAAAGUAUCUCCAUGGAAGGGUAUAAUCCGUUUCCGCAAACGGGGUAAGCUAGGUCCUCGAUAUAUUGGACUGUUCAAAAUCUUGGCUCGAGUUGGAAGGGUUGCAUAUCGAUUAGAAUUACCGUCUGCUCUAGAUAGGAUUCACAAUACCUUCCACGUGUCGCAGUUAAGGAAGUGUCUUGCGGAUGAAACAACUUUAGUACCUCUCGAUGAUAUUGAGUUGGACGAGGGGUUGAACUAUGUCGAAAGACCAAUAGCCAUUAAAGAUGUCAAGGUGAAGAAUCUCCACAACAAAGCUGUUAGACAAGUGUUGGUUCAAUGGCAACACCGAAAGGGAUCGGAACUUACAUGGGAAUCAGAAGAUGAAAUGCGAAGAUACUACCCUUUUCUCUUUGGCUUGAAGGAAGAAGGUACAAGCACUAGGAAAACGGAAGGCACGCAAGAUCGAGGGUAUGCUCGUUUUACGGACGGGUCAUGCCCAACUUUUGUUAAAUUAAUGCACCAGCAGAGGUUGUGUUUAUCAGCAGAGGUUAUUUGCUACAACAGUCUUUGUGUUUAUCAGCAGAGGUUGUUUGGAACAACAGACUUUGCUUAA